GAUGGUUCUGGAAGUUUCCAUCAUACUUUAUUUCUCUUCUGGUUCUGGUUCUGGUUCUGGUCCAGGUCCAGGUCCAGGUCCAGGUCCCUAAGCCUGCCGUGUUCUGGUUGAGCAGCAGAGGGCGCUGCAGCAGCUUCCAGACGGACUCGGAGCCUCCUGGAUGCUGCGGCUCUGCGGCGGCUCUCUGCGGCGUCGCCAUGGGAACGCUGCUCUCUCUGCCUCCCGGCUGCCGAUCCGCCGCGGCGGCUUUGAAGGAGCCGCCGGAGGUUCCUGAGGAGGAGGAGGAGAAGAAGAAGAGGCGCUCUGUGCUGCUGCAGGCGCUGCGCUGCAGGAAGCGGCUGGCGGCGCUGGGCUCCAGGGGGAAGUCGGCCCCCGAGGCCCCCAAGGUCAGAGCGCGGCCCCGGCAGGAGGAGCAGAUGUGCAUCAGGAGGCUGGUGGUUCAGGCCUCCACAGGCGAGCUUCUUCACUGUCUGUCCGACUUCCUGCGCCGGCGCUGCGUCAAGCUGAAGGAGUUCCCGUCCAAUCGGAUCGUCGUCUGGCUCAGGAACGUGGAGCGAGCGCUGCUGCUGCAGGGCUGGCAGCAUCAGGGCUUCCUCAGCCCGGCCAGCCUCGUCUUCGUCUACCUGCUCUGCAGAGACGCGGUGGACGAGGACACGGCCUCGGAGCAGGAGCUCCACGCCACCUUCCUCACCUGUCUCUACCUGGCCUACUGUUACCUGGGCAACGAGAUCUCCUACCCCAUGAAGCCGUUCCUGGUGGAGUCGAGCCGCGACGUCUUCUGGGAGCGAGCGCUGGAGGUCAUCGAGCGUCGGAGCGCCGACAUGCUGCGCCUCAACGCCGAGCCGCGAUUCUUCACCGAGGUUUUCCAGGACCUCAAGAGACACAGCGGUGGCGGUGGCGGCGGCGGCGGCAGCAGCGGAGGCGGCGGCAGUAGCGGCGGCGGCAGCAGCAGCGGAGGCGGCGGCAGUAGCGGCGGCGGCAGCAGCAGCGGAGGCGGCGGCAGUAGCGGCAGCAGCACCCAGAGGACGACGGACCAGCGGAUGGACGAUCUGGACUGA